AACAAACAAAGAAGAAGAAGGACACUGCUCUGCAUGCUCUACCAUAAAGGAAAAAAACCCUCUUCUCAUGCAUAAGAUGUGUUGACUGUUGUGACAAUGGUGGAACAAGAGAACAAGAGGUCUGUUGAACGCAACAUUGUGCACUGUUUGCGGUGCCACAAGCCACAGGAGAGCCUCCCUGUUCACCUGGCCAGGGUGUGCAUGAAAAAAAGCACAGCAGAGGAGAGAUCGGAUGAGGUGCAGAAGGCCAAGGCUUCCAGCAGAGAGUGGAUCCGGAAGAACAGGACCUGGAAUUACGAGCUGCUCCGUGAGCUCCUGCCUGACAGAUGCUCUCGGAUCACCAUGGUCGAGGAGCUUCUUCGCCGUGGUUUCUUCAUCAGGAACCAGCACGAAGAGUCCGACAUGGUCUUGAACCCUGAAGGUGACUCGGCCUCUGUUGAUGCUGCCACUACCACCGCCGAAUCCUCCGGAGAUCCUCAAACCAUAUCCCAUUCUGUGAGGAUAAAGAGGAAGGAGGCGGGUCUGCAUGACAAGUUCCCUGCUCGGGCCAAGCUCCUGGUGGGCUUUAAAAAGUACCUGACUGUGUCAAGGAAGGUCCCCAAGUGGCAACAGGAGGUUGACGUGUCCCGUUUCCUUCGGUACUUGCAGCCCACUGGGAGUGAGCCGUCUCUGGACUUCCUGUCAAAAAGCAGAGAGACCCGGGACUUUCUGACGGCCCUGAAGCGCACUGACGUGUCUUUAGUCAGCAUCCACAAUUACAUCAAGAGCAUGAAAAGGUUCUUAGAGUACUUGACGCCAAGGCUGGACAUUCAAAAAAGAGACCCGCAGCUGCGGACCAACUGCCAGAGAUACACUAACAUGCUGAAGACUGUACUCAAGAGACGUGAUGACAAGACCUGUGACCCGAGACCUGAUGGCACUCCCUGCAUUAAAGAUUGCCAGAAGAUUUUGAGAGUGGCAAAGCCAGACUUCCUCAGGAUCCAUGAGAAUCUGCUUAUGGGCAAAGUGGUCUCAAAUACAAAGAAGACGCUGUACCGCUAUUACUGCGAGGCGCUCUUGGUCUUCCGUCACAUGCAGAGUCCAGGAGCUGUGGAAGGCUUGACAGAUGCAGACUGGGUAGAUAGGAUUGCACAAGGUGGCAGGGUGGUGAUCGGCGUAAGGAAGAGAAAACGGCAAGUAUGCAAAUCGCCUUGA